AGACUGUAUCUACCGUCAUAGACGAUCUUCAAACGGAUUUCGAGCGGUAUCCAGUGUCUUACCGAAGGAAUCUUGCAUUCUAUCCCGGAAUGCUAGAAAAGCAUAAGCGCCCCAGCCCAAGCACAAGCCGAUCGACGCCCCUCAAGUGCACAUCUUACGGCAAAAGGGGCCCCACCCACCAAAAGGCAGUCCAAUCAACGCCGGACGUGCCUGGCUCUCCAUCGAUUCCCCAAACUGACAUCCCCGAAUUCCUUCCACGCUGGCUCAUUCCACUCUUGCCCUCCCCAUCCCCUAUUCUCGCGUGAUCUCUUCUGUGACCUGAGCUUCACAAGCUUGUUCGGGUCUUAUGGAGUGUUGCACUCUCUAAUAGCCCGAGUUCCCCUCUCCCGAGAACCGAAAUGUCGAAUCGAAACAGCAGUGACUACGCAGGGGAGUCCUUCGACGAUGCCCCUGAAGCCCCCGAGCACUUGAAUGUCACUAUUCCCAAAUCUACCUCUACGAGGUCCUUGACCGAUAGCCCGCCCGUCGGCUCAGGAGCUUCCCCCGAAAUCACUGAUAAGCCGUCGUUCCCUUCUGCAUCGCAGGACGAGCAAGGGGACGAGACGACGGACGGAGGUGGAUCGGCAGGAAAGAAGAAAAAUAAGAGGAAGAACAAGAAAAAGGCUAAGCAGGAUGAGGCUGAAGCUAUGGCCAAUGUCGAUGCCGAUGCCGAAUUUGAAGCUGUGGACACGCCCAUUGAGGAUGUGAAGCUGGACACCACGGAGAAGACGAAGGAAGAGGACAAGCAGGAUCACAUACUCACUCCGGUGGAAGCUGACGACGCAGGCGAGGGAGAGGAGACCCCGAGGAGAAACGUGGCGCAGAAAUCCCCCUUGCUCACCUCCCACCGGUUGUCUACUGCAUCUUCGCUGGACGAGGUGAAUCUGACAACCAGCAAGGACGAUGAGCUUCCUCCCCAUCAGAUCGCAACUCCCAAGCUCAAUUUGGGGUCGCCUCCAGUGCCUCCUAAAGAUGAUGUGGCGACUCCUCCGAGUUCUGGCUUGAUCGGGUUGUCUGGCAGCCUGCCCUCUUUACCAUGGGGACCUCCUCCGGUCAACAAGAACCCUGCCCCAGCAGCACCUCCACCUCCUCCGAGCCGCAAGCCCAGUGGUCCCUUCGCAUGGUUCUCCCGCAGCUCAACCAGUGGAAAAGACAUCAAAUCCCCGCCUCAGAACGGCCGAAGAAACACCUCUACCUCAGUAUCGACCGUUGCUAGUGGGCUGGACUUGGUGGACGGAGAUACCUCCAGUGUUCACUCUAGGAGACCGAGACGGAACAGUCUGAAGGAUCAGUUCAAAAUCCUGCGAAUGCGGGAGGAGUCUGCUCUUCCUGAGAAUGACGAAGGCAGUGUUAGAUCGGGCCAUGCAAGCAUCAGCCAUGCCGGUGCUAGCCCACCAAUCAUCCCGGAAGAGAAUGAAGACGGGAUUUUGGUCGCGCCUGCUGCUCCGGCUUCUGGGGCAACAUCCCCUGGAGGCGUCCCCCCAUCGACCAUCAAUCCAGGCCUGGCUCCCGGUACCGUGUCUGGGUUCUCUCAAUCUGCAACCGACGCAGCCGCACCAGUAGACUGGGAUCUCUGGCAACAGCUGGUCAACAAUGGUCCGCAAGCCCUAGCCAGCUCAGAGGAACUGAAUGCGGCUAUCAAGCGAGGAAUCCCGCAGACUAUCCGUGGAGUCAUCUGGCAGAUUUUGGCCGAUUGCAAGAUUGGUGAAUUGGAGGAAAUCUACCGCGAGCUGCUUGCCCGAGGCACAGACAAAGACCACCGAACGCCGAGCGUCCAGAUCAACGGCUUGAACGAGAAAGAGUCUAUCCCGUCAUCACGCUCUUCCAUUCGAUCCAACAACUCAGGCUCCGGAACACAAUCGACCAGUGUCAUUCCUAGUCCCUCCCAGGAGACGGAUCCCGAGAAAAUGGCGCGAGAGCAGGCUGUUAGUGAAGCUGCUCGCCUGAAGAAGGCCAAGGAUGAAGCUUCUGCACUGUCGAAGCUGGAGAAAACUAUCCGACGGGACUUGGGUGCCCGGACGAGCUAUUCAAAGUACUUUGUCUCGCAAGGUAGCCAAGAAAGCUUGUUCGGACUGUGCAAAGCCUAUGCGCUGUACGAUGAGGCCGUGGGGUAUGCUCAAGGCAUGAACUUUAUCGUCAUGCCUCUGUUGUUCAACAUGGACGAGGCGGAUGCUUUUGAGCUACUUGUCAAACUCAUGAACAAGUAUCGACUCCGUGAGAUGUUCAUUGCGGAGAUGCCCGGUCUUCACCGCAGCCUCUACCAGUUCGAGCGACUACUGGAAGAUCUGGAGCCCGCGCUCUACUGCCACCUCCGGCGACGUGGUGUACCCCCGCAAUUGUACGCAACUCAAUGGUUCUUGACUCUCUUCGCCUACCGCUUCCCUCUACAGCUGGUUCUCCGGAUCUACGAUCUGAUCUUUGAGGAAGGUCUGGAGGUCACGAUUCUCAAGUUCUCUAUUGCCAUCAUGCGUCGCAACGCCGAGGCACUACUGGAGAUGAAGGAUAUGAGUGUCUUGACUACUUUCCUGAAGGAGCGUCUUUUCGAUGCAUAUAUCGACAAGCAACCUUCCGCCUCAUCCAUUCUAGAGUCUGGCUUCUUUGGAAGCUCUGGCGCGGCUGACAAGGAGACUUACCGUGCGGACCUUAUGGUGCAAGAUGCCUGUGCCGUGCCUCUCACACAAGAGACGAUCAACUCGUAUACUGCCGAGUGGGAAGAAAAGGUUCGCACCGAGAGAGAGCGCGAAGCUGAGCUGGAGGGGCUGCGCCACACUGUGAGCACACAAGCCGCCCGGCUACGACUAUUGGAGGAGCGUUCUGAGGCGUCGGAUAAGGAGCAUGUCCAGCUGGCCUCGGAAUUGGUUCACGCUAAGGUGGAGAAUGAAGAACUGCGGGACUUGACCGAUGCGCUGAAACUGCAGGUUGAACAGUUGAAGAAUGUGGUCGAUAAGCAGCCUGGUGAGGUGGAAGAGAAGCUUCGGCUUGAAAUGGACCGCAUCAUGAAGCGAAAUAUCGAGGUACAGAACGAGAACCGCGCGAUGGAGGACUCGAUGGCGGAGAUGGAGAAGGAGUUGGUGGCUACUAAGAUGAAGUGGGCCGAGAUCUCCGAAGAACACGAGACUCUUCGCCAGAAAUGGAGCGACCUCCGCCGGGCCCUCGACUAAAAUCCUUGGCAUCUACCACCCUCCUCUAUAUCAAGGUCGGACCUCCUGUGGUCCAGGCUUUUCUCAACUGUAUAUUUCUCCUGCACAGCCAGGUGGGUCGGAUCUGGGAUCCCCCUCCUUCAGGCUGAAUAAGAUCCCCUACGUCCGUGGGACCGGAUUUUUUGUUACUACGCUUCUCGAUGCUGCGUGCGGGUUCGCCGCCCCUGCCAUGAUUUCUUCUGGCCGACUCCCUGUACUCACAUACUCAUACAUUACCUAUGUAACCCGUUACGAAUGAAUCUUCUACGGUCGUGAUAGUUUCGGUUGCCUUUUGCUUGGGCCGGUUUCAUCGUGUCACCUACCAAUGUUGGUGCUUUUUGUUUUGGCUCUUGGCUUGGCCUUUGUACUCUAUUCGCUCGUGUGUGACUAUCCCGCUUAUCUUGCUGUGGGUAGCAGGCUCGGCCGAGACCAUAUCCAGAAUACUGAAAGAAAUGCAGUGUACAUCCCAUGAAUUGAGAAUUCGACAUGACUCUUUUUCUUUUCAUUUCAUCAUAUCUGGUACUUUAGUAGACCUAUCCAAGGUCCACCCAGUGUAUCUCUAUACAAAAGUCCAAUUCCAAUCCGAUCCAUCAUCACAUAAUUCGUGAAUCCCCCACCUUCCAUCCUAAUUUUCCCCGCUCAUUCAAGCAAAUUUACAGAAUGUUCUCAUAGUAGGUAGUAAGGACAUCCUCCUUGACCGGUCCCGCAACAGCCUUCAACGCCUUGUGGGCCUCGCACUCGGUAUCGUAGUACUUCAUAUCGUCGAGCGAAGCGAACGUCGUCUUGACGGAGAUGUUGUAUCCCUUGUUACGAGGGUCGUCGAAGGAUUCACCCACGGCAGCGGAGACGAUGUAUGGCUUUCCGUCCUGUUGAGAAAGAGAGCGG